AUGGAUCUUAAUGAAGAGGACUCAGCCCCCCUGUUGAACCGAAACAGGGCAGACAGCCAGAUGUCCAGUACCAGCACUGGUCCCAGCUUACAAGUACACCUCUAUUUCUUCCCUGCAACGAAGGACGCAACAACAAUACACAUAACCUCCGGCCACAUUUCUGCUGAAAAUGUCUGCAUCAAAGCAGCCAAAAAGUGUGAAAUCUUACCUGUAUACCAAAGUCUUUUUGCCUUGGUAUCUGCUGAUUUCUCACAUUGGUAUCCUCCAUCACAUAUGUUCAACACUGACGAAAACACACAAGUCCACUUUCGAGUCAGGUUUUUCUUUGGCAACUGGUUUGGACAAGGACCAAGAACAUCAUACCGCUACAGUCUGACCAGAGACCAAAUCAAUCCAGUGCUUGACUACGGUGUCAUCGAUUAUCUCUUUGCUCAGUUGCGAAGUGACUUUGUCACUAGUGAGGCAGGAGUGUCUCCACCUUUGAGUGCACAGGAAGAAUGUCUUGGGCUGGCAGUCCUGGAUUUGUGGAGAAUGGCAAAGGAACGUCACCUGAGUGUACGAGAGCUCUGCAAGACUGUCAGCUACAAAUCCUGCCUUCCAAAAACACAUUGUCAUGAAAUCCAGAAGCGAAACCGCCUGGACCGUUUUCGAAUCCGAACCACCCUCAAGCGUUUCCUGAAGAAGCUCGGCAGCUGCUCCAUAGAUGACUAUAGCUUGAAGCUUAAGUACCUGAUUGAACUGGCCAGUAUCGAGCCUUCAUUGGGAAGUGAAAUGUUCCAAGUGAGUCCUUCUUCCUCACAGAUGAACUCCACUUUCACCAUGUUGCUGGGUCAGGAGGAAGCUGGAAUUCAAACGAGUGGAAGGUGUCACCCUGAUGGUGCACUGGAGUGGCAGACCUUCUGUGACUUCCAAGAAAUUAUUGACAUCAAUAUAAAGAGGAUGUGCCAUGAGCAGGUUCCCCAAGACAGCAGGAUGGUCACAAUAACACGCAAAGAUGAUAGAUGCUUGGAAGCCAACUUCAAGAGUCUCAAAGAAGCACUUUCAUUUGUGUCACUUGUUGAUGGCUACUUCAGACUGACCACAGACUCCAGCCAUUACUUCUGUCAAGACAUUGCUCCGCCAAGUCUUCUAGAAGGUCUCAAAAAUCACUGCCAUGGCCCAGUCACAUCAGAAUUUGCAGUCAACAAGUUGAAAAAGUCACAAUUUAAAGGUGGCACAUUCCUCCUCCGACAGAGUCCCAAGAACUACGACAACUUCUUCCUCACUGUUUGUGUUCAGACUCCGCUUGGACUUGAUUAUAAAGAUUGUCUCAUCAUAAGAAAUGAGCACUACAGCCUCCCUGGUGUCUCGAAGUCAUUUUCUAGUCUGCGGGAGCUCACAGGUUUUUACCAACACACAAAGCUGCUUCUGGCUGACGUGCCUGUUAACUUGCUGCACUGCUGUCCACCCCGACCCAAAGAACUCACCAAUCUGAUCAUUGUACGGAACAGCAGCUCUGUAGAACCUCAGGGAUUGCUGGUACAGGAAAGGAGCAAAUUCAGUCAUAUCCAGUUCCACAUGAUCAAAUAUGAAGACCUGAAAUAUGGUGAAAGCCUCGGACAGGGAUCCUUCACUCGAAUUUUUAAGGGCCACAAGACAGACACUCGUGACGGGGAGAAACACUUGACAGAUGUUCUACUGAAAGAGCUUGAUGUUUUUCACAAGAACUGCUGGGAGUCAUUCUUUGAAGCUGCCAGCAUGAUGUGUCAGAUUUCACACAAACAUCUCCUUCAUGUCUAUGGUGUCAGUGUUCAGGGAGCAAAAAACAUCAUGGUGCAGGAGUUUGUCAAGUAUGGGGCCCUCGAUCUUUAUCUGAAGAGAGGGCGAUCUGUGUCAGUGAGCUGGAAACUUGACAUAGCCAAGCAGCUCACGUCUGCCCUCAACUUUCUGGAGGAGAAGAACAUUGUUCACGGAAAUAUCUGUGCCAAAAACCUGCUGCUGGCCAGAGAAGGUGACCCAUCACAGGGCAGCUCUCCUUUCAUUAAACUGAGUGAUGCCGGCAUCACCAUGGCAAUGAUGGGAAAAGAUGUGAUCCUGGACAGGAUCCCUUGGGUGGCCCCCGAAGUGCUGGAGGCACCAGAGAAACUGAGUCUGGAAUGUGAUAAGUGGAGUUUUGGUACCACUCUGUGGGAAAUCUUCAACAAUGGGAAUGUACCACUACAAGGCUGGGAUCUGAAACGGAAGCAACAGUUUUACAAGCGGUUUCAGCAGCUGCCUCCCUCCCAGUGGACAGAGCUGGCCAACCUCAUCAGCCAGUGUAUGGAGUACCAGGCAGACUACAGACCCUCCUGUCGCAGUAUUAUCCGGCAGCUUAACAGCCUGAUCACGUCGGACUAUGUGAUACUGCAUGCUUCAGAGCCCGACAUGCAGAGAAAUGUUUUAUCCAGAGUCUUCAGUGCUGCUCAGCACGACCAGAUGGUAUUUGAGGAGAGACAUCUACGCUACAUUUCUCAAUUGGGUAAAGGAAACUUUGGCAGUGUUGAACUCUGUCGCUACGAUCCAUUGGGUGAUAACACUGGUGAACUCGUUGCUGUAAAGAAGCUGCAACCCAACAAGCAGUCGACAAUCGAAGACUUCCAGAAAGAAGUCCAAACCCUCAGUGUUUUGCACUGUGACUACAUUGUCAAGUACAGAGGAGUCUGCUACAGCACAGGUCGCCUGAAUAUGAGCUUAGUGAUGGAGUACCUCCCCUACGGUAGCCUUAUCGGUUACUUGGAAAGUAACCGACACAAUGUCAACAGCAAGCGGACCCUCCUUUUUGCAUCUCAGAUCUGUAAGGGGAUGGAGUACCUGCAAAACCUGCGCUAUGUGCACCGUGACCUUGCUGCCAGAAACAUCCUAGUUGCCAGUGACUCACUGGUGAAAAUUGCUGAUUUUGGCCUGACCAAGCUCAUCCCCUUUGACAAAGAGUACUACAGAGUCACACAGCCUGGAGAGAGCCCCAUCUUUUGGUAUGCCCCAGAGUCCAUCAGCGAGUCAAGAUUCUCCCACAAGUCAGAUGUGUGGAGUUAUGGAGUGGUUCUUCAUGAGCUCUUCUCCUACUGUGACAUGAGCUCCAACCCAAAAAGACUCUACAUGCAGGAGAUCGGAAGCGGUGUGCAGCGUGUGUCCAUCUCAAUACAUCUAGCAGCGAUCCUAAAGAAUAACUGGAGGCUGCCAGCCCCACCAAACUGCCCACCCAGAGUGUACGGCUUGAUGAAGCAGUGCUGGGAAUACGAUUUCGAGGACCGGCCAUGUUUCUCCAACUUGCGAGAUCAAAUCGAAAGCAUUACUCAGGAAGAGAUGGAGAACUUCAAAAGCUGACCACACACCUGGAGCUCCACACUCAAUCAAAAUAACUUUUUUUUCCCCAAAUCAUUGUUUGAAAUGGAAUACGAGGUCUGUCCAAAAAGUAACAGACCUUUUUAUUUUUUCAAAAACUAUAUGGAUUUGAAACACGUGUGAUUGCA